GUCUCUGUCUUUUGGAACGACUACUGUGUACUUGCAUCUUCAACCGUCGACAACAUGGAGGGCGUCCCUCUUUCUCAGAACGAGAAGGGCCGCAAGGUCGUCAUCAUCUUAUCUGUAUUCAUGGCGCUGGAUAUCUUCUUCGUCGCCGCAAGAGUUUGGGCCCGCCACCUGAAAAAGCAGAGGCUGCAGUUCAAUGACUGGGCGUUGCUAGCAGCGCUGGUAUCUACGGCUGCAAUGUAUGCGGAUAUCACUGCUCUGGUGAUGUACGGUGGGGUUGGGCUACACGUCACAGAUCUCAUUACGAACUAUGGGGGAAUGCCGAGAAUUCACGCGGCAGGGAAACUGGUGCUCGCCGCCGACAUAUUGUGGAAUUCUUCGACCCUGAUCAUCAAGGUCUCUAUCCUCUCGCUGUAUCUGAGCAUUUUCGGCGUCACAAGUAGCCGGUUCCGGAAGAUAGUGUACGUCGUAAUGGGCGUCUGUGUCACUAGCACAGUCGUCUUCAUCAUACAAAUCCUAGUGCUGUGCCGCCCGCUCCCAUUUUUCUGGGAUAAGACCCUCAACGGAACUUGCGGUUCGCUGCCGCUCACAUACCUGAUUCCGAGUUUGAUCAUCACAGCCGAGGACAUCGUUGUGUUUGCGCUGCCGAUGGUGCUCCUCUGGAGACUGCAGACGUCGACUAAAAAGAAACUCGGUGCCAUGUUCGUCUUCGGACUAGGAUUGGGUAUUUGCCUCAUCGCCGGCGUCCGCAUCAAAUACGUACUCGUCAUCAAAGAGGAGGACUUCACAGAGACAAUUUGGAUGUUUGCCAUCUUCGGCGGUCUGGAGCCCAUGCUCGGCAUCAUUUGCGCCAGUCUACCCAUCAUCCCCGCGCUUGUCGCACACUACACCCGGAACAGGGUGAUGAACUGGAGCACCCGCGGUGGCAGUGGCGGAAGUACGUUCAAACGGUCAUUUGGAAAGAACAUCAGCAACACCAGUACCCGCAGUGGCAAGAAUGACUUUGAGCGGCUUGGGGAUGGAGAAUAUCCACUUAUCGACAACCCUUCAGGGCAUGCGGGGCAUAUGGGGGAUGGCAUCAAGGUAACGACGGGUUACACUGUGGAUACGCAGCCAAAGCAUCGAUGA